AUGAGAAAUAAAAUAAUUAACUCAAUUCUAACUAAGGAGAUUGUUUCUUAAAUUGGAUAAUAAAUUAAGAAAUCAUAUUCACCAUUUGAUAAUAAAGCUUUUUUAAAUUCAGUUUUUAAUGACGAAUGGGAUACAAAAAGAAUAAAAGAAUGUGUUUAACAUGUAAGUGAAUGUGUUCAUCAAACUUUGAAUUUGCCUUACUCUCAGUCUCUUGAUAUCUUAUUGGAUGCUAAUAAAAGACUUGAGUACACUUACAGUCAUCUUAUGUUUCCAUAUUAUGUAGAAUUGUAUGGAUAAAAUUACUUUCAUGAAUCAAUGAUUGCUUUGAAAGAAUUUACUAAAACUAGCACAUCAGAAUUUGCCAUAAGACACUUUAUUCUAUAAAAUGAAUAAGAAGCUAUGAAAUAUAUGUAUGAGUGGUCUAAAGAUUCAAAUUUUCAUGUCAGAAGAUUAGCAAGUGAAGGUUGCAGACCACUUCUACCUUGGAGUUUUAAAAUUCCACAGUAUGUUAGAGACCCAACUCCAAUACUUCCCAUACUAGAAAAUUUAAAAUAGGAUCCAUAAAUAUAUGUUUAAAAGAGUGUUGCAAAUAAUUUGAAUGAUAUAAGCAAAAAUCAUCCAGAACUAAUUCUGCAAAUAUGCAACUCUUGGAACAAGAUAAAUGAUUAAAGCACUAAAUUUAUUUUAAAAAGGGCAUGUAGAACAAUAUUAAAAUAGGGAAACUAGGAUGCAUUAAAUCUAUUUGGGGUGGCAAGCAACGAAUCCAUUAUUGUAUCUAAUUUAAAAAUUGAUUAAGAAAAAGUGAAAAUUGGAGCAUCUUUUUCUUUUAGCUUUGAUAUCGAGGAUACUAAAUUUAUUUCAAAAGAGUAACAUGAAUAUUUUAGAUCAAAAAAACAUAAUUCUAAAAAUAAUAAUGAUGUAUCUAGUGAUGAGAGUGAUUUUGAAAACAAUAAUUUUAACUAAGAAAAUUAAAUACAUCAAAAAAUGCUGAGAAUAGAAUAUAAAAUCGACUACUUAAAAAAAAAUGGAAGUUAUUCACCUAAAAUUUUUAUUUUCAGAGGUUAAUAUGCCCUCUAAAAAUAGAAGGUAUCUUUUAAAGGUUUUUAAAAUGUAGAAUAGAUUGUAACAAGAAAGCAUUAUCCUGGACUGCACUAUCUUUCUAUCGUUGUUAAUGGUGUUGAAAAAGCAAAAGUGUAAUUUGAACUAUUGUAAGAAUCAUGA